CAAACCAAGCCAUUAUAUCUCUCAUCAACUCAUCAUUGAUUUAAUUGCUCCCACCCUUUCUCUCUCAUAAAACCAGAAGCAAUGUCGACAGAGACGACGGCGGCGCUUCAAGGCGCCAGCAGCGGAAGCAGCAGCCACCCUAACGUUCCCAUGAACAUCAGUGCCGAUUCUCCUCUUGAUGAUUUCCACCUCUCCAAUUCUCAACUCAUCUCUCUCCUUGACUCCAAGAACGACGCUUUGCAAGUACUGAAAUCCGAUUUGAUGGAUGCACUUAAUAAAGAAGUUAAGUCCUUAGAUGAGGAUAGUUGGAUGUUCGAGGGACCUCGUUCUCGAAUCAACCUCAUAUCAAAGCCAGGUAGGUACUUUGCAACGAGGAACGCCUAAUCUACAAAUCAGUAGGAAAAUUGGACUGUCUUAGUGAGUGUAAGGUUUAGUAGUUGUUAUAGUACCACAUUAUCUUCUGUUAUGAAGCUCUAAGCAAGGUCAUUACCCUUGUUCACUCAAGUAUCGAAAACAAACUCUAAGAAGACGAAUCAGUUGAUUGAAGAAUCAAAGCUUGAAGAAAACGAAACUUGGAAGUUCUGUUGUAAAUUAUGAAGUAUUUUAUUUGAUUUAAAAGUGAUUUUUACAUGCAUAUUCCUGGAAAGCUUAAGCUGGAAUUCAAUCAAACGAAACAGCUGUUGUCAGGACUCAGGGAAUGUGCUGGAAAUUUGUGUACAAGAUGUAUUUCCUUCAAAUUGCUUUAGCUUUCGCGCUUCUUCUUUUCUGCAUACGUUGUGUAUGUUAUUGAAUACUUUGUAAUAAACCACUUUCAGAAAUAAUCUAUUACAACUUUACUAGUA